AUGCAUGAACCCAAUAAGUCAGCAGUAUCGCUCUUAACUGAAGAAAAUCGCGGCAUGUGUAGAAAAGAGAUGGACAGUCCCUGGUCCUGGUUGGUCUGCUUUUGUGCAACUGUUAUGAUCGCUUUGAUGUUUGGAAUCUCGCUCAACUUUGGAGUUCUGUUUCCAGUGUUAAUGGACUACUUUCAAGAGUCACGAGAAAAGACAGGUAACUUCAUGGAAGAAACAGUUGAAAUAAUUUUUCAUGUGUGAUGACUGUUCACUCACUUGGAUUUUUUUCAAAAUUUUUUAUGCGCGUUCUUUGGUUAAAAUUUCAUUAUGUUAGUUUUUGAAUUGUCAAAGUAAAUUCUAAAGCUUAUCAUUAACGGCUUAAUUUUUGCUAUGUAUAAGCUUGUUUUUUUUUGGUUUUUUGUUUGUUUGUUUGUUUUUUUUUUAUCAAUUUAUGACCAAAUCUAAGGUUUGGAACACCGAUUGCGCGUAUUUCAUUUUGUAUUUACAUUUAUCUUAAAUACAAGUACAAGUACAUAUGACUCUAGAUGGUGUGGUAUGCUGAUGCAAUCGCCUUCUAUCUCAGUUAGUUUACUAAAAAAAAACAUCAAUUUGCUCAAUAUUUUUUUAACUGUUAUAAUAUAAGUGAAGAGUUGUUAAAAGAAUAAGGAGCAAAGGAUCAUUUUGGAUGUGUAUUCAUUGCCUCUAAGGGUUGAUCAGAUGAGCAACACUGAACUGACCUGUUCAUUACCCCAUUGACACUUAAUAAUGACUAGCAUCUAAUUUCUCCUAACAUUAUCACACUGAAUCACACAUUAAGGUCAUGAGAACAAAGGAAAUGAUAGCCAACCAAAGUUAGCACCUUAAGAAAUUUAUAGAGAACAGUAUGAAGAGUAUGCAAAUGAUGUAAGCUGCCCAAGUUAAGUGAUUUUCUCCAGCACCAACACAAACUGCAAGCAAAUUUUGUCCUUGCUCAAUUCCAGCCCACUUGAAAGUUUUUUUUUAUGUAAAUUAUGGCACUACUCUUUCCACACUUUGACAAAAUACAUAAUAAAAUACAAAAUAAAAGCUUCUUUAACCUAGACUCAUCUUUAUAUGCACUACCAGUUUUAAAUUGUUUUGAAAAAAAAAUCUAGUAACAAUUUUUUGUUUGCCUUUAUUUUUUAUUGCAGCAUGGGUUGGUUCUGUCGGAAUAGCCUUAAUAUUUGUCCUUGGACCUUUGACGAGCAUGUUAGUGAAUCGCCUUGGCUGCCGUUUAACAGCAAUAUUGGGUGGAUUAUCAGGAUCCAUUGGUUUAUUACUAUCAUCUUUUGCUUCAAGUAUUUAUGUUAUAUAUGGGACUUACAGUGUUCUGUUUGGAUUUGGAGGCAGUUGCAUUUUUGUGUCAUCUUAUGUGGUUACGUCACAGUACUUUGAAAGGAACCGAUCCAUAGCAACUGGCAUUCUUGCCUCAGGAACAGGGCUGGGUGUUCUUGGCAUGGCACCAGUUCUUCAAGGCUUGUUGGACUCCUUUGAUUGGAGAAAAACUUAUCGUCUAACUGCGGCAAUUUACUCAGCUGUUUGUGUCCUUGGUCUUACAUUUAGUCCAGUUUUAGUAAAUAAGGAAAAAAGUGCAACUGAGAAAGAAAAUGAGGUACUUGAAGACUUAAAUGAAGAGAAAGGAAAAAAAAUAGGAAAAUCGAACAAGUGGAUAGACUUCUCAGUCUUCAAGGAGAAGGUGUUUGUGGUUUUAACACUCUCAAUGUCAGUUGCCUUUAUAGGGCACCACAUCCCAAGGUUACAUUUGGUACGUUGCUGAUGAAAUUGUUGCUUAUAGAAUAAUACAGUAAAUUACCUCACCAUAGAGUCCCCCAAAGUCAGAGCAAUGAAAGUUUGCUCUAAUGGCUGGUUGGUCAUAUUAAUAAUCAUUGUAAUGAUAAGUAGACAGAGUAGUUAGUCCAAUAAGGUCUGUUAUCUUACAAGUCAUGUUCCAAGUCAGAUGACUAAAUAGCAGUGGUGUGAUUGCAUAAUCACCCGAACACAUCAUCUUUGAGCACAUCAACUCCAAGAGUCAACUUGAAGGCCAGUUGCCUCUUUAGCCCUUGCCUGUGAUCAGGCCCUCAUUAUAGGCACUUAAACAUGAGCUUUUCUUCGCCUGUGAGAAAGUUUGAGGCCUUGAGCAUAACACAAGCUGGUGAGGUCAAACCUCUCCUUGACUCAUACAGGCAGAGAAAUGCAUCUCCCACAGUGCUGAUGAUAGGACCUGCUUGCAGGUUACUUAAACCCUCUAACUCCCAGACCAAAUUUGUAAUUCUCCUUACUGUCAACCAUACAAUUCUUUUGAUGUUAUUUAAGAGAAUUUAGUAUUAGGUCAACUAAUUAUCCCCAGAUUGAUAGUUUUCUUUAUUCUCAUCACUUGUCUGGUUGAUAUUGUAUUGAUAUUGUAAGGAGAAAUUCUGUCUUGGUCACUCAUGGGAGGUAGAAGGUUAAUUACUUCCAGCUCUUGCCAUACACCACUUGUAAAGAUUUCCAGUUACAUAUUAUAAUUGAUAAGAACAGAUUAUAAAGCCAACCCUUUUUAUUUAUUAACUAAAUGCCCAUGAAUGUCAGAAUUGAAUACAAAUUCCUGUUCAUUGAAAUUUUAGGUGAGGUUCUCAGAGGGCCUCCAUGUUUCAGCUGAUGCAGCAUCAAGGCUUUUUAUCUACAUUGGUAUCACAACAUUUCUAGGCCGACUACUCAGUGGAAUCCUGUGUAACAUACCUGCUGUGAAUCCCAUCUAUGUGUUUAUGGUUGGUCUUGCGCUGGAUGGCUCAUCUGUUGUUUUGCUUACUCAGGCCAAAGACUAUGGGUAUCUUAUAGCAUUUUCUUUGUUGUAUGGCUUGGCAGAUGGUUUUGAAAUAGGCACAUUUAACAUUUGCAUGAUGAAUAAUUACUUGGAGCCUAGGAAGAGAGCAUCUGCUUUUGGUUUAAGUGCUAUCUUCUAUGGAACAAUGACUGCAGCUGGACCUCCCCUAGCUGGUAAGUAAAACAGAAAUCAUAGAAAUGUGAAAUGAUCUAGAAUUUUUUUUAUUUCAACCACACCCAAAGCAACAAAUUCCAAGAAAUUGCAACACAUAAUCAGUAAGGCAGAGGUCAAAAUUAUGUUUAGAAUUUUUUCAGUCAAGGCUUGCUUUAAAUUUGAAUCUAUCUGAAUGAUUACUAGGUGAUGAAUCUUUCAUUGCCUUGUUUGGGGCAGGUAAGGUAAGCAAGAGAUACCUGAUAAAAACACCAAGGAAUAUGGGGUGGACAGCCGGCAAAGAGAGAAUAUAAGCAAGCUAUAUAUUUGAAGCCAGGGGAGGGGGAUGGUGGGUGUACUUCCUAAUAAUAAGCUAAUGGGGAUGUGCCACUGGAUGGGGUCAUAUUUUCACAACUGGAUUGGCUCUAAUGGGGUUGCAUUUUCAAUAGAUGUACUAGAAUGGGGUUGCACAUUUCAGGAUUUUGGUAAGAAAAAAAAAUUCUGGUAAGAAGGGAUUUAAAAAUGGCAAGACUGACAGUUAAAAAGUGAGUAAGUUAGGAUGACAAAAACUAUAUUUUCCUAAAAGUUACUAACAUGGCGUCUAUAAUUGAACACAGGAUAGAUUGCAAUAGGGUAGGGUUUUGAAAGACCAGCACCACAUACUCAACAAAAAUUGACUCAAGGAACCCCUGCUCCCAUCCUCUUUCCCCCCCCUUUCUCAAGAUUUCAAGAAGUGUGCACGGUUGAAUUGGUGAAGCUGGUAGACAAAACUUGUUCAUUAUUUGUUGUCAUUUGUUGUUUCAUUAAUUUCCAUCAACAGGUUUUAUGACAGAUCACCUCCACACUUAUGUGCCAUCUUUUAUCAUGGCUGCUGUGGUAGAGUUUACAGCAGCAGCAUUGCCUUUAAUCCUUGUCUGUGACAAAAAACAGGUGAAAUAUGGACUAAAUGAACAUUCUGAGAGAGAAGACAGAGGUGAACAUCUGAGACCAGUGGUAUGGGAAACAACUUUGUAA